GAACCAAGCCCUAAUUUGGUAUUUUAACCUUAUCGCCGAGCACCAGCGUUUCUCUAAUUCUCUAAAUCACCCAAAUCUUUUGUUUACGUUCUCAAAUUUGUUAUCUGCAGCUUCCAUUAAUAUGUCCGAGCCGGAGGAACUCCCCGUCGAAGAGCUCCCCAAAAGGAGUUCGAGGCAAACCAUUUGGUACUCCAUAGAAAACGCUGUAGAGGAGAAGGAAUGUCCGAGUUGCGGAAAACCAAUGAAAUCCUUCAAAAACCGCUUUGCCCACAUUAAAAAGUGUUUUAGCAUAAGAAAACUAGGUCCUGUUUACAGGCUACAUGGCUAUGCAGAGUGCAUAUGUGGUCUACUCAUAGCAGAUAUGCCCAAAGCCAAAAAAAUGCAUGUGUGCUUGGGUAAAAUUCCUGCUUUUGAGCCAGAAGUUUAUUUUGAAUCGCUGCCACCUGUGCCUGCUGCUAGUCCGCCUCCGGAACCUUCUCUGCCAGAAUCCAGUCGAUUGCCAGAAAAAAACACCAUCCUAAAGCCCAAGAAACAAGUGUGGAUACGAAACUUCAGUUCUCCCAUUAAGCCGAGAGGUGUGCAAUUAUUAGAUACAUCUCCCCUCGAAAAGCCAAGAGCCAGGGUAAGCACUCUGCCUCGAGUGCGCAACUUCGAUCGACCACCUCCAGCGCCAUCUCCGGAGGAGGUCUGCGUCUACUCCAUUAUUCGGCAAAACGGAUCGAUAGCCUUGACGGGACGGUCCAUAUUGACGCAGCGAGGAUGUAACGAAAAUAUCACAAUAGUUCGAAAACGAAUAAUGCGACAAGGCGCUCGGAAAGGUGGCUUAUCCUGACCAUAGCUUAUUAGAUUUAUAUUGUAAUUAAUUAUAAAAUCAAUUUAAAUAUGUAUGUAUAAAUUAAAAACUUUCAAUUCAUAGUACUUUAAUUCAA